CAUAGAACCAGCCCCACUGACACCUCCGGCCCCGCGGCGCCACGACGCGUCUCCCACCGAAGACCGGGUCCACCCCUUUUUCAGGUGGACGCGGCGCCGGCCGGGUUCCCGUCCCUUUCCCUUGGCGGAGACGCGGUGGUGCAGCUGCGACCUCCAUUUUAGCGGGUGCGGCGACCUUCGCGAUCUUUCCGUCGGAUUCAAGCCAGCGCGAGUCUGCUGCCCUAUACCACGUCAGGAGUUGGGGUGGGGAUUCCAUCGGAUUGCCUUCGGAUUCGUCGAUCCAUCGAGUUCCAUACCCUAAUCCUCCUUCAGUAGGAAUCCAACUGAUGAAAUGACUGCUAGUUAGCGCACCCGCGCGAAAUUGAUAGUGUCUGAGAAACAUCCGGUUUCAAAUGAAUGUCGAGCCUCGAGGAACCACUUGGCCUUGGGGACCUGCCAAAGUUGAGUAUUAAUAGACUUGGAAGGUUCUGCCAAAGUGCUUGCAGAUCAGGAGCUGAUGACCGCAGCACCGGCAAUUACACGCCCAGCAACAGUGGCAACAACCAGACGCUCUUUCACAGCACUUCUCACUCAUGGCAUCUGCAAGGCCAGUAUACCGAUUCAUCCUGCAAUGGAGUGGAUAUGGAGUUCAGAGCUCUUCCGCGAAAGGUAUCCUGGGAUCUCCCAAGGUUUGUGAAGGUGGUCGAGGUUGGACCACGAGAUGGGCUGCAGAACGAGAAGAACAUUGUACCGACAUCAGUAAAGAUUGAGCUGAUACACAAGUUGGUGGCUUCUGGUCUGUCAGUAGUUGAAGCCACAAGUUUUGUUUCCCCGAGAUGGGUGCCACAGCUAGCUGAUGCAAAGGAUGUCCUUGAAGGGAUCCAGCAUGCACCAGAUGUGCGAUUUCCUGUGUUAACUCCUAACCUCAGAGGAUUCGAGGCUGCUGUUGCAGCUGGUGCAAAAGAAGUUGCGGUUUUCGCAUCCGCCUCCGAAUCCUUCUCUAAGUCGAACAUCAACUGUACCAUCGAGGAAAGCCUUGCUCGGUAUCGCGAGGUUACUUGUGCUGCCAAAAAACAUGGAAUACGUGUCCGCGGGUAUGUUUCAUGUGUGGUGGGUUGCCCUGUGGAAGGCGCGGUGCAUCCAUCCAAAGUAGCAUAUGUUGCUAAGGAGCUUUACGACAUGGGUUGCGCAGAGAUUUCACUCGGUGACACCAUUGGCGUCGGUACGCCAGGUAGGGUAGUUCCUAUGCUGGAGGCCGUGAUGGCUGUGGUUCCGGCAGACAAGCUGGCCGUUCACUUCCACGAUACAUACGGCCAAGCCCUUGCCAACAUCCUCGUCUCGCUGCAGAUGGGGAUCGGCGUGGUGGACUCGUCUGUGUCCGGCCUUGGAGGAUGCCCGUACGCCAAGGGCGCCACGGGAAACGUGGCGACCGAGGACGUGGUGUACAUGCUCCAUGGCCUGGGGAUAGAGACCAACGUCGACCUCGGCAAGCUCAUGGACGCUGGCGACUACAUCUGCAAGCAGCUCAACCGCCCGUCAGGCUCCAAGACUGCAACUGCUUUGUGCAGGCUAACGGCCUGAGCCCCCGUCAUAGUGGAACUCUACAAGGUCUACACGUCGUUGCUGUCUAUCAGCGUAUGCAUUUACACAAAGCCAUUCUGGUUCUCUUGUAUACCGUCUUUUGGUUCAGGUCAGGUGAAACUUAUCAGGAACCAUUGACAUGUACCAAUUCGUAUCUUCACUUCUCAUAUGACCUUGAAUAAUCAGCCCUCUUCAUCAUAAUAGAAAAGUGUAUGCAGAUGGAAAAUAAUUAACCGAAUUGUAUAAUAAAUUGCUAAUUUUCGUA